AUGCAGUCGGAGGUGUUCGCUCACUACGGAAACGACAGGGGGAGACGUCUACGAAGCGAGCCGGAGCGCGGCGGGGGUCGGCGGGGGUCGGGUAGGAGGGGGGGGGUAGAGACGAGGAGAGAAAGAGACAGAGAGAUAGAGAGGGAGGGAGAGAGGGGUAGACUGAGGAGGGAGAGGGUGGUGGUGGUGGUGGCCGCCCCGCCGCCGACCGCCGCCGCAUUACAUCUAUCUAUAUACAUCGUAGCCACUACACUUGCGCACGCGAGCCACUUGAGCAAACUAGCCGGUGAGCCGUCCAUCACGGCAACAUAUAAAUAUUCAACAACUUUAACCACGCCUCCUCAACCAAGCUCACGCUCAACCUCAACUCAACCUCACGCUGGGGACGGGGACACAACAGGCAUUAUAUAA